UAAGAAGAAAACUGAUUACCAACUCGUAAAUUGUCUGUGCAUAUGCGGUUAUCUUCAAUAGUGUGAUUUAGAUUUAUCGUUAUCAUGCAAGAAAUACUGACAAGAAACGCCGGAGCUCAAAUGAAGCAUGUGGGAUUAUUAUCUUAUCAAUGGUUGCAUAAUGGGAAGAGAAAUAGAUACAUAUGGUACCUAAUCUACACGAGCAUCUGGGCAUUCACCAUAUACAUGAUAUACUUCAUCUGCACAACAUUUAUGGAAAACCCGACUUACACAACUUUGGAGUCAUUUCACUAUCCAGUUCGUGAGCUAGCUAUGCCUGGAAUAUCAGUCUGCAAUCUAAACAAAAUCAGUAAGAAACGGGCUGAGGCAUAUGCAGAAAAGUUAGCAAUAUCAACUGGAAUCAACAAGUCUGAUAUAAUGAACAAUGUCACCUUAUUAGGACACUUAUACGACUUUAGCUUACCUGCAGAUUUGGGAACUUUAGAACAUUUUCAGGUGUUUUUGGAAACAUAUCCAGAUAACAUUCAAGGAGGAUCGUUUGACACCCAAAAAGUUUUAAAGGAGUUAACAACACCAUGUCACGAAACCCUAACAGACUGUGUUUUACAUGGCGCGUUUUGGAAUUGUAGUGACCUGUUUGUGACUGAACUAACUAUGGAAGGUUUCUGCUGUGUCUUUAACUAUAUCGCACAGAGAAAAACUGCUGAGUUUCCUAGAAUACUGAAAGAAAAUGAUAAUAAUGCUGUAAAAAUCGGGAAUGGUGGUUUGAAUUUUAAAAUUUUGUUCAACGUUACUGACAUGACGUAUACUACUAUGAGUACUUUAGGCAGUAAGAUAUUGAUAUCUUUGUCGACGGAUUAUCCAGACAAAGCUUCUGGUGGGUUAUCGGAAGAGAUAGUUAACAUUGGAGUUGAAAGCUUCAUAAGAUAUGAUGCUGUGACAACCACUACCACUCCAGAAGUUAAGAACUAUCCUAUCGAGAAGAGAAAAUGUAUAUUCAGGGACGAAGUACAAACAAUAUUCGGAAACUAUAGUUUUAGCGACUGUAUUAUGGACUGUAAAAUCAAGAGUGUUAUAGCGUUAUGCCAGUGCGUACCUUUCAACUAUUUCAGUGUUUUCCCUAGAAGCGAACUCUAUGAUCAAUGUACGCUUACUGAUUUGGUGUGCCUCAAUUCUCACAUAAGGUUGAAGAUGUCAAUUUUAGUAUAGUAAACAUAGAAAUAAACAAAUACUCAGGAAUGUCAAACAUUCACGAUGCAUCUUUUUAUUGGUACGACAUGAUAGGUAUCUUCGGAGGAAUAUGUAGUUUAACAAUGGGUCUAAGCUUCAUUAGCAUUGUAGAGGCGUUGUUUUUAUUUGUUUACAUUGCAUGUAAAGGCG